AAUUUUUUUUAAAGUGGGGGUGUAGCUCGCAGCUGUCUGUCUAGGGUGGGGGCUGGCAAAAGCAACGAGAAACAUUGACGGGGCGGAGAGGAGAGUUCUGGGUCCUGGGAGUAGCAAGUCCCAACCGCCCUGCCCGGCAUGUGCAGAGAAACAAGAGAAAAACACAGUCACUCGAACACACAAACACACGCACGCGAGCGCGCGCACACACAUACAUACACACUCACACUCACACACACCCAGUCCUAUUUGUAAGGGAGGAGGAGAUAGCUGGAGUAAUGCAUAGACAGGAGAGGAAGCCGUGGCCAGCGCCAAGCGGAGGAGGAGGAGGAGGAGGAGAAGAAGAAGGAGAAGGGGGAGGCGGCAGCAGCCGCUGCCCCUCCGAGAACCUAGUCCACCAGCUCUGCUCCCGCACCAGCCUCAUGGCUGAAGUUCUGUUCCGGCAGGAGAGAAUAAUGAUCUCCAAAGGAAAAAUCAUUCUAUUUCUGCUGAUUUUAUUAACUGCGCUGGUGGUGCUCUGGGGCUAUAAUAACAGCACAGAAGGAUCUCUCUUGUGUAUAUACCCUUACCAAUCCAAAGGGAGCAUUAAUAGCAAUGCCAAUGUCCAGAAGAGAUGGUGGCUGUCCAACUGGUUUAACAAUAGGAGCCAGAAUUAUCAUAUUGAAGAACCCCAGCUCUCAGAUUGGUUUAAUCCCAAAGAACGCCCUGAUGUUCUGACAGUGACAAAUUGGCUUGCUCCGGUCAUAUGGGAGGGGACUUACCAUAGAAAGAUCCUGGAAGAAUAUUAUACUAAGCAAAAGAUCACAGUAGGCUUAACAGUAUUUGCUAUUGGAAGGUACCUUGAUCGAUAUUUGGAGGAAUUCAUGACAUCUGCUGAGAAGUACUUCAUGGUUGGCCAGAGAGUCAUAUUUUAUAUCAUGGUGGAUGACUACUCUAAGACACCUUGGAUAAAGCUGGGUCCCCUUCGUACAUUCAAAGUAUUUGAAAUCAACAGAGAGAAGAGAUGGCAGGAUAUUAGUAUGAUGCGCAUGAAGAUCAUUGGGGAACACAUUAUAAAUCACAUCCAGUAUGAAGUUGACUUUCUCUUCUGUAUGGAUGUGGAUCAGAUCUUCAAGGAUGAUUUUGGGGUAGAGACUCUGGGGGAGUCAGUAGCUCAACUACAGGCCUGGUGGUAUAAGGCAGAUCCCAGUGAGUUCACUUAUGAGAGAAGGCCUGAAUCUGCAGCAUACAUCCCUUUUGGCCAGGGAGAUUUCUACUACCAUGCGGCCAUUUUUGGUGGCACACCCCUCCGGGUUUUGAACCUCACCCAGGAAUGCUUCAAAGGAAUUCUACAGGACAAGGAAAAUGACAUUGAAGCUGAAUGGCAUGAUGAAAGUCAUCUCAACAAGUAUUUCCUUCUCAAUAAACCCACAAAAAUCUUAUCACCAGAAUAUUGCUGGGAUUACCAUAUAGGCACCUCCUCAGACAUUAGACUUGUCAAGAUCGCUUGGCAGUCAAAAGAAUAUAAUGUGGUUAGAAAUAACUCCUGAUAUUUUUGAUGGGAUGGUAUUUCUGGAUUAGAGUGCCUAACAUUCUGGCUAAUUCCUCAAAGCAGUUGCACUUAAAAAAAGCAAAGCCAAAAAUUUAUUUUUAAAGUUAUCACCUCACUCAAAAGGAAAUUCACCAAACUUCUUUCUUUAUAAUUUUCAGCCUUCGGCAUGGGUGAUACUGGAUAAAGAACAUGUCAAAGGAAAUUAGAUGUAAAUACACACUGAUUUUUUUUUUUAAUCUACUGUGGGUAAUGGGGAAAUAUUUUGACUUUAAUAAAAUAAGACUAAAGAGAUUAUAUCAUAAGUAUUCAAGCCAGAAACACUCAUUCCGUAAGUGAAAUUUUAAUCAUCCAAAGGUUGGUGAGGAAGAUCUAAAUCAGGGAUUGGUUCCUUACAACUUUGUAAUAUAUCCCUCUCGUCACUUAACCUGAAGAAGAAUGAUGACAACCUGCCCUGUGCCAAUACUUUAUAAAGACUAUGGGAUAUGUAUGACACAACCCAAGUUUACAAUUCUUAGUUGACUAUCAAGGGGUUUGUUGCUUGAGCCCAUUUGAGGACUGUGGUUAUUCCUGAUGAAAAGUGAUGUCUUUGUGUGCAGUUUGUAAUAACAUUAAGAGACACAACUCUCUGAUCAUGGGGAGUUUCGUAAUGAGACUCAAGGUCGUUAUCUCAGUGACUCUUCCAGGACUAGGUAUUAAAUAUCUGUCAACAAGAGGCAGAUGAACUCCUAAACAAGUAUUAAACCAUCUGCAUGAACUGACAGGGCAAAAAAUAUAAAAUAAUGUCUGGCAACUGGUCUGUGGCACUGCUAGCUGAGAUCCCCAUGGUGCACUAAACAUGGUAGAGAUGUGAGAUUGGUAUUUAAUGAUCUGGGUUACCAGAGUGAGGAAGGUAUCCUGGCUCCUGGCCCCCAGGGGACUCAACAAAUUCACAGGGCUACCUAAUGACUCUCCCCCUGGCCAGUGUUUUCCUCUACAUAGCGUCAUCUUGUUUUGUACUUGCCUUAGCUACAGUUUCCAUCCUGUGUUUUUUACACCCUAAGUGAAAACAAAGGGUUGGGAGAACAUAGAGACAGAGAAAGAGCUAGUAGAGAUUGUAAGAAAAGGAAAAGAAGCUUUAAGUUCUUUGCCUUGGGGUUUCUCUGAACAAAAGAAAGCAGAUGUAAAUGCUUUAUUAUUCAUCUAGUGCCAACUUGUACUAAUUCAAGAGAUAGGACUAUGAAUGAAUAGUGAUAUCUGAGUGAGCAGCAAGAGUGGAAGAAGAAAAAUACACCAAGUGAAUGACUGUGGGUCCUCAAAAAUGGAAUUCCAUAAGAAUUAUUAUGAAAGCAAAUUUAGAUGGUAAUGUUAGCCUUUCCAAAAACAUCAUUCUUGCAAAAGACAUUGGUAUCCUCUGAAAGAGACUGUACAUCAGGGGUCCUCAAACUUUUUAAAUAGGGGGGCCAGUUCACUGUCCCUCAGACUGUUGAAGGGCCAGACUAUA